AGCAUCUCCCCUCCCUUCAUAAGUGCCCACACAGCCUGGCUGUGCCCCUGGGCUAGCCAGCGCUCCUAUCCAGGGCCCCAUAGGAUGCUCCCCGUGACGGUCAAGCUAAGGCACCCAGGCAGCUGGGAUUAUGGGGAAACAAUCUAACUCUAUGCUCAUGGCCAGCCGGUUCUUCCACUCUCUCUGAGAUGGCCAGACCAGUCGAGCGGCUUUGGGCAGUCCCUGCCUCCUAGCAGCUCCCGGCCGGGAGAAUCGGAAACCCGUCAGGCGGGUUUGGUCAAAAUUCUGUCUUGCAAGUUCAUGCUGCUUGCUCCUAUCUCUCCCAGGAGGGGAUCACUCGGGACCGAGGCCCCUGGAGGUCCAAGGCUGGCCAAGUGGCCAUGCUGGACCCAGAAGGGCAGUAGAGCUCCCAACCCUCCUGUGACUAGAGCAGAGUGGCCAGCGCACAAGGAGCCAUGGACAGCUUCAUGGAGUCACUGAACAGACUGAAGGAGGCCCAUGAGAAGGAGGUUCUGGGCCUGCAGAACAAGCUUCUAGAACUGAACUCAGAGCGGUGCCGGGACGCACAGAGAAUAGAAGAGCUCUUUGCCAAAAACCACCAGCUCCGGGAGCAGCAGAAGGCACUGAAGGAGAACCUGAGGGUGCUAGAGAACAGGCUGAGGGCUGGCCUGUGCGAUCGCUGCAUGGUCACCCAGGAGCUGGCCAGAAAGAAGCAGCUGGAACUGGAAAGUGCACACCUGCAGAGCCUGCAGCAUCUCUGCAUCCUCACCAAUGAGAUGAAUGGGCUGAGGGAGGAAAACAAGAUCCUGAAGGAAGAAAUGAAGCUGCUUCGGAGCCUGCGAGACAAGGCGGCACCCCAGGCCUGGGAGGGCUCCUCAGAGCCCGCAUCACCCAUGCUGCUCCCCUCACCUGGGAACCGGAAGGGUGCCGAGAACCCCCCAGGAGACCCGGAGGAGGCAGAGGAAGAACAGCCAGGCACAGAUAAGGUGUCAAGCCACAAGACUUCCCCAGUGGCCAGAAUUUCCCCAGCUGCCAACCUGCCUGAGCCACGGGCCUUGGACAUGAGUCCUCAGUGCAUCUCCAACCAGCUGCACUCGACAGUAGCUGUGGUGCGGCCCGGCUCCCGGGCCUGCCCACAGGACAGUGGCACCGCCAACGGAACACCCCCGCCACCAACCACCAGAAGCAGCCCACCCAGCCCACCAUGUGAACAUGGCCUCCCUGUGGACAGCUUCCUGCGGGCCUCUCGGCCAUCAGCCCUAGCCUAUGAGACGCUGAAGCGCUCCCUUCAGACCGAUCGCCUCUGCCUCCUGAAUCGUCACCUGUCUCUGCAUCUGCAAAGCCCCCAAAGGAGCCCCCCGGCUCCUGCUACAGCUGCCAAAAGCCCCCUGCCCCAGGGCCUGAAAACUAGAGAGGCAGAGGCAUGGGAGGAGCCUGGCGCCCUGAUGGGCAUACAGGACCCACGGCUGGAAGGAGCAUUGCACCUGCUGCUGAUUCAGCAGCAGCUGCGGGCACGGGCAGGGGCAGGCAGUGCCAGGUUGAGGGUCCCAUCCACACUAGAAAAUAUGCCAUCUUCCCCACCAGCUGGUUCGGAUUCCGAAAGUGAGGUCCCCGGGACAGCUUUGAGCACAGAGGCCCAGCCUGAUGGGUGGCAUCCGCAGUCCACAAGCCAAUGUAGCCCCCCAAGGAAGGAGAUACAUGUGACCACUCAGGACUGUCCCCCAGACAAGCCUCUGGACCUCUCUGACCGGGGACGGUGUCGGGACAGCCUCAAAUCCACUAGCCAACCUUUGCCACUCAACACCACAGUUGCCCACGCUCCCAGCCCCCAGCUGCCCACCUUGUCCAGACCUGUGAUUCACAGCCCCCAUACUCUCAGCAAUGGCAACACACAGGCCAGAACUCAGGAGCCUGAGGAACACUCUACUCCCAAGGACACCUCACACCUUCUCCCAGGGACCCAUGCCAGCCUGACCUCUCCUGGAAGGACAGCAGAGGAGGCUGGAGGAAAACCAAGGCCAGUACCCCACUUGCAGAGACCUGCCACUGAUGGGACCACAGAGCCCAGCAAGGUCAGGGCACAGAGGCCAGAGCUGCAGCAACUGGAAGAGUCAGACACCAAGAUGGGACUGACCUCUGAGGCAAGCACAGAGUCAAGCAUGCCAGGAGAGAGACAGGCUGAGGGCCAUCAACAGGGUCCACAGCAGAAGAGGAAGCGGACCUCAGAUCUUCAGGACAAAGCCCCGAAGAAGCCAUCUCAAGGGAGAAGGAAGCCAAAGGAAUCUUCGACGCUAACAGACAGCCCCGGGAGCCCAAGGGACAUGGAGGACUUCAGCCUUUCCCCUAUUGACAGCUGUCAGGAGUCCUAA